AUGUAUCGGUACGUGCCCCGCGUUGUGGCACGGUGGCUCCUGUGGGUGAGAGGUACCUGCUUGGUCCUUGAAUCGCCAGUGACGAUACCUUGCUCUAUCUCUGGCUGGGUCUUUACAGUCCGGUUUGCCGCACCCGUUUAUUACUCGGUAUACCUGCAAUUUUUCUUGUUGUCUGUAGCCUGUACGAAACCUGGAUACAAAGUAGCGAUUUCUCGAGGUGGUCAUUGUUGGGUCGGUGGUCGCAGCUGCAGCAGCUAG